AUGAACAACCGUAGCAUUAAAUACAAGUCUUACCAUUCAGGUGACCUCACCAUUGGUGGCAUUAUUUCUCUGAUCUAUAUGAUAUCUAAUCUGAUCACUUUCAAAACAAUUCCAUCUGAAGAACUUCUUGAUGAUCCCAUCUAUUUCAUGGCAAUGUGGACCUACCUUGCUUCUAUGGAGCUUCUUUCUUCGCAUGACAGAUUCAUUCCCAACUACAAAUGCAGCAUCCCCCAAAACUCUGUAGCUGUUAUUGCAGGACCCAAUUCUCAUAUCUCUCAAGUUAUGGCUGACAUCCUGAGCAUGUACAAGAUUCCACAGCUCACAUAUGGCUGUGCUCCAGUGAUUGAUAACAUGGUUCAUACAGCUUUUUUUCACCAGAUGUUUCCAAAUGAACAUCUUCAAAUUCUGGGGACCCUUGGGUUGCUGCUGCAUUUUAAGUGGACCUGGAUUGGGUUGAUUUGUCAAGGAAAUGAGAUUGGUGAAAGAUUUCUGCGGGAAGUGCUUAUCAUGUUUUCUGAAAGAGAAAUCUGCUUUGAUUACAUUGAAGAGCUUCUGCUAGAAGCUUUUUCAAAUGAGCUGGGAGAAAAAAUCAGUAAGGCUCUUAAAGUAUACGAAAUCAUUAUGAGAAGUACCUCCAGUGUUGUGAUUGUAUAUUGUGAAAACCAGGUCAUGAGUUUUUUCAGAAUGAUCUCAUCUGUUUCAGAAUAUUUUGACACAUCAGUUGAGAGAAAAGACAAAGUCUGGAUUUUUCCAGCACAGAUGGAAUACACUUCAAUUCCAUUUCAAAAAGACAGGAGUAUGGACUUCAUCCAUGGUGCUCUUUCUUUUGCAGUUUCAUCCAAGGAAUUAAUAGGAUUCAAUACAUUUCUUCAGAUGAGAAACAGUGUUCCAGAAAAGGAAGACAGUCUUUCAAGGGUCUUUUGGGAACAAGCCUUUGAAUGUUCUUUCUCAAAUUCCACUUUAAACCCAAAGUCGGAGAAAAGGUGCACCGGGGAAGAGAAGCUGGAGACUCUUCCAGAGUCUGUUUUUGAUCUGAGCAUGACUGGGCAAAGCUACAGUAUCUACAAUGCAGUCUAUGCUGUGGCACAUGCUCUGCAAGCCAUGCUUUCAUCUCACUCCAAACACAGAAAAGUGGCUGGUAGUGGGAAACAGAAGCUUCUGAAUCAUCAGGUGUGGCAGCUUCAUCACUACCUGAGAAAAGUCUCUUUUAACAACAGUGCUGGAGAAAAUAUUUUCUUUGAGAAUGGGAAGGUUGCAGCUGGCUUUGAUAUUAUCAACUGGGUCACUUUCCCAAACCAAUCCUUUCUUAGGAUCAAAGUUGGAAAAGUAAAUCCAUCGGCUGAACAAGAAAAGCUUCUCUCUCUAUCAGCAGAUAACAUUAUCUGGCCCAACCUUUUUAACCAGACACAACCUUUUUCUUUGUGCAAUGACCAUUGCUCCUUGGGUUAUAGCAAGAUCAAAAUAGAAGGGAAGCCAUUUUGCUGUUACAAAUGCCUUCCUUGCCCAGAAGGGAAAAUUGCUAACCAGACAGAUUUAGAUGACUGUUUUCCAUGUCCUGAAGAAAAAUAUCCUAACAAAGACCAGGCUCUGUGCAUUAAAAAACACACAACUUUCUUCUCUUACAAAGAACCCUUGGGAAUCACAUUGACCAGUGUCACUUUCUUCUUUUCUCUCAUCUCAGCUGUGGUGUUGGGGAUCUUCAUUAAACACCAGGACACUCCCAUCAUCAAAGCCAACAAUAGGAACCUCACCUACAUUCUCCUCAUGGCUCUCCUCCUCUCCUUCCUUUGCACUUUGCUCUUCAUUGGCCAACCCGACCAAGUAAAAUGUCUCUUGCAACAAACUUCUUUUGGCAUCAUCUUCUCUGUAGCCCUUUCCUGUAUAUUGGGGAAAACAACCAUUGUGGUUCUGGCUUUCAUGGCCACCAAGCCAGGCUCGAACAUGAGGAAGUGGGUGGGGAAAAGUCUGGCCAACACUAUUGUUCUGUCUUGCUCCCUGGUGCAAAUCACCAUUUGUAGUGUGUGGCUGGCAAUUUCUCCCCCAUUCCCGGAUGUUGACAUGCACUCAGUGUCUGAAGAAAUUGUCCUGGAAUGUAAUGAAGGUUCAGCCAUCAUGUUUUAUACUGUCCUUGGCUUUAUGGGGUUCUUGACUGCUAUCAGCUUCACUAUGGCCUUUCUGUCUAGAAGGCUACCAGAUAGCUUUAAUGAAGCCAAAUUUAUCACCUUCAGUAUGUUAGUCUUUUGUAGUGUCUGGGUGUUGUUUCUUCCCACCUAUCUGAGCACCAAGGGGAAGUACAUGGUGGCAGUGGAGGUCUUCUCCAUUUUGGCUUCUGCAGCAGGAUUAUUGGGCUGCAUCUUCUUCCCCAAAUGCUACAUUGUUGUUCUGAGGCCUGAUUUGAACAGAAAAGAGCAUCUGAUAAAGAAACAAAAGUGA